AUGAAGGAUCGGCCGUUCUCGACGGACAAGGAGACGGAGAUUCACGACGUCGUAGGCAAUUUGCACUUCAAGCUCUCCGCCAAGCCUCUAUCCAUGCGGUCGAAGCGGUUCAUUCUAGACGCGGAGGGGCAGCCGGUGUGCAACCUGGUGAGCAAGCUGCUGACGCUGCACGACACCACGUACCUGUGCCCGGGGGACUCCGCCAGCGCCGACUCGCACCUGCUGCAGGCCAAGAGCGGCGUCAUGUCACUGCGCCCCUGCAUGAAGGUGUUCCUAAGAGGCAACACAUCACUUGAACCUGACAUUGAGCUAACAGGCUUCUUUUCCAAGCACAACUACAGGAUCGUCACGCGUGACGGCAUCCUUCUAGCCGAGGUGCAGAAAGACGGGUUUGCGGCUCGCAACAGCGCGCUGCCGCCCUCGGAAGCAUACUACUACGUGCGUGUGCUGACAGGUGUCGACACCGCAUUGGUGCUCGCGCUUGCUGCGCUUGCUGACGACAUGUUCCCGGAGAGAGACAUUGACAGCCUGGCAGAUGACUGA